AUGCCGCACCAGCUUUCGAAUAGGGCAGCGUCCGGCAGCAGCGAGCCUGCGUGCCAUUCCGACGGGUUCCAUUACCAACUCGCCAAGUCUCUGCGAGACAUCAAUCAAGUGGAGGAGGACCAGAGGUUCCAGACAGUGGCACGGGCCGCGAAGGGACUGGAGGACGUCUAUGGGCUGAUGGACCGGCGCGAUUGCAUGCUAGAACUCCUCACGGCGAUAGCCGCACGAUGGCAAGGGAUGCUGCCCGUCUUCAAUUCGCUCUCCAAGCAACGCUCGGAUAUUGUCAAGCUCAAGGACGAGCUCAAGCAGACGCAGCGAGGAAAGACCCACGCGGAGAACGUGGCGCGCCAGGCGAUCGAGACGUCCGAGCGAACAAUGCCGGUCCUAACCAAGACAAAAGAAGACCUUGCGCAGACCCAGCAGGAGUUGGGCGCGUUGAAGAGGGUGACGGAGGAGUAUAAGGUCGAGUUGCAGAAGCAGCGAGAGGAAGUGGGCGGCUUGCGUACGCGACUGCACGCACUGAAGGCGCAGGAGCGGAAACAGAAGGAGGAGAUCAAGAGGCUCCGCGAGGAGAACAGGGAAACCAGCCGCUUCCUCCAAUUCGUUGCUGAGAGCCAAGCGCAGGCAGAGCAAGAUACUCAGGACAGCUUGGAUGUCCAGCUGUCAUCGGAAUCGGACGAUGUUGGACUUGAAUUCCUCACUUCGGACGUCGACAGCUCCCGCCACCCUGCGUUCGAACCCACUACCUCCCGCAAACGGCGAAGACCCGAAGCCGAUGAGUGCCUACCUACUUUCGCCUCCGAGACUGUCAUCUACAGUCCCCGACCGUCUCCCCGUCGGCCGGCGCGGCGUGAACCUCUCGCGGUGAAGCCUCCUAUCUUCAGCUCAGACUGGAAUCUGCCACAACCUCCGGCAAAACAGCGAAAACCCGCCUCGAGGUCAGGAGCAGAGUCCCUGGGUGACGUAGGAUUUCCGAUCAAUUUGGACGAGAAGGUUGCCAUCCGCCAGAACAUCUCCGCGCUCAAGCACAACAUCCGGCACCAGCAAGCCCAGCUCGCCGCGCUCGAGAACACCGUCCUCCGCGGCCCGCGCCCCUACCCGCCCGGCAUCUUCAACUCGCCCCCGCACUCCCCCGCCGAGCUCGAUCUCUCCGUCCCCCAACGCCCGUCCUCCUCCGACUCCGCAUACUCCCCGCGCGCGAUCAAGAUCGCCAGGCGCAGCUCGUUCGAGGCGCUCCAAGGACUCGCAGGCCCCGACUCGAGCCUACCGCUCCCGCGGCGCAACAACAUGUCGUUCGGGGACGAGAACGGGAUCCGGGAGGGCAUCCCGACGGGGAGUGGGAGCGGGCAGAGGAGCGAUAGCCCGACGAGAACGCUGAGCCGCAUCCCCGUCUCGUCAGUAGGAAACGCACGCGCACUAGCAGAAGAAGACGGCGACAGCACUUUGCGAUCCUCACUGAGUGUCUCGACAACGUCAGCAGGCGGCGUGUCACCGCGGCGGGCCUCGUUUGCGCCCGGGAACACGACGAAGGUCCUCGCCGACCUCCAGGCAGGCGUGUUGAACGCGAAGAACGCGCUGGAGAACACGAAGGCGCAGCUACGCGUGAGCCAGCGGCAGGUCAGCCAGCUGACGCGGCAGACGGAGGACCUGAAGGAGGUGCGGGAGCGGCUGCGGCUGGAGAACGAGGGGCUGAACAACGUCGUCGCGCGGAAAGAGCGGCUGCUGCAGGAGGUGCUCGAACGCGCACGGAAAGCGGAGGCAGAAGUGAUCUCGCUCAAGUCGCAGCUCAAGAACGAGACGACGACGUCGAAGAAGACGAUCCGCGACAUGGAGUCCUCGCUGACCGAGUGCACCGCGCGCACGCAGAAGGCGGAGCGCGAGUACGCCGUGCUCCGGGACUCGAUCAAGGGCCUCGUCGAGUCGUUCCAGACGGACGCGCUGACGCUUCGCGAGGAGGUGAAGCGGCGGGAGGACAAGCUGAAGGCGGACGCGGAGGAGAUGGGCAAGAAGUACAAGCGGCUGCUCGAGCAGGUGCAGAAGGAGCGCGAGUCGGGCGGCCUGGGCGAGAUCAAGUGGCUGCUGUACGAGAACAAGCGGCUAACGGAGCAGAUGGAGACGGUGCUCAAGGAGGAGAUGGGCGAGCUGCGGAGCGAGGUCGACCGGCACGCGCAGGAGAGUGACGAGGCGAACCAGACAGCAAAAACGUUGGCCGCGGAGCUCGGUCGGCUACGGCGACUCAUGCGACAAGCAGGCGCGGUGGCGGCGGCCGAGGCGCGGAAAUCAUGAGUUUCGGUUACACUUUGACAUUGACUUCUUCGAAUCCGAGUCGGGAUCUUGUACACGCUCUUUGACCGUCCCCUUCCCAAGUUCAUUCUCAACUACACGCUCACGCCUUCUCACGUUCUCUCUACUCUAUCUCCAUCUCUCUCUGUGUCCCCCCCCUUGUUGCAUAUUUUGUACGUCGUCUGCGUCAGUCCCAUCGCUCUGCUGUACUUUCCUUCACCUCCACACUUCUGGCGGGGACGCAUCGCCAUCAUCUACCAUUGCUGUGGCAGCACGCAUCCUGGAUCAGGACUAAUUAUAUUGCAUGGACUGGACGGUCUUGUUUCUCCGACCCGUUGGCCCACGCUCGAGCCUCCAAACCGUCACCUUUCUGAUCCUCAGCGAGGACGCCAUAUUAACUAUCUCGACGGCCUUGUAAUCUUAUCAGAUAUGAUUAGAUGAUGAACGGCCGCCCCCGCCUCAGAACCCCGGCUUGACGGGUUCGGCACAAGCCAAUGCCCGGUGCUAUACUUAAGUCCCCAUCAUCACGCAGAAACCAUCAAUGCGAGUUGCAGGCGAUCGAGAGGGGAUCUUGCUCUGAAGGAUCCACCCUGGGUCUUGUUGACGGUGACUGACGCGACAACUCAAGCCAAAUUCUGCAUUUGCAUAGUCUGCGAGACCUACAUACGAACAUUUCGCUCUGAUGCCGCGCCGUCAAUAAUCGCGAAGCCGGCUUUCGUCGCGGUCAGGUGCGGGUCAAAACCUUGUCAGCAGAAGCGGAGACGAUGC